UAUAAUUGAUGACAGCUAAAGUGCAGAGUAUUCUGUUCAAAACACAAACCACUGGGUGUGUUUUUCAGCUUUCGUGCAGCCCGUGUGUUUGCCUCCUCUCAGUCAGGAACUGCAGGCAGGAACCAAAUGUUUCAUUGCUGGAUGGGGACGAGACAGUGAGCAGGGUGAGUGCAUGUGCAUUGGAACUCACAAUGAACUGAAUCCUGAAUGGUUUUGAUUUGUGCCAUUAAACAAUGUGGUAAAUCUGUGGUUCCAGGUUCCCUGCCUAAUGUUCUGCAGGAGGCCCAGGUUCCUUUGCUUGCUCGAGAUCAGUGUCAGCUCCAGCUCCCAGAGUACAACAUCACCUCCAGCAUGUUGUGUGCUGGAUACCCAGAGGGUGGUGUGGACACCUGUCAGGGUGACUCUGGUGGCCCACUGAUGCAUCUCGACCAUGGACUCUGGACUCUAGCAGGCGUGACGUCCUUUGGGAUUGGCUGUGGCCGACCUGACAGACCUGGAGUUUAUGCACGUGUCUCUUUUUUCACUUCUUGGAUCACAGAAACCAGACGCUCGUUGUCACAGCUGCCUCUCUUUAAGUCAUAAAAAGACUGAUUACCAGAUUUUUAUUUUUAAUCUUUAUUUACAAUCUUCAACAAAGUUAAACUUUUAAUCAUUUUAAAACCAGGAGUGGCUGAAAUCUGAGUAGACAUGGACAUAAAUCACUUUUUAAUGAACAACACUUCAUUACUGAUUAUUUAUUGUAUAAACACAAUCAUGUCAAAUGUGCUUCUAUCAUUAUAAAAGGCUUGUUU